GAAUCCCCAUAGUUGUUUCAACGAGAUCGACUGAAGUGAGCAUUUACCGCCAUAUUUAAGCAAAACAGCAAUUCCCAAAAAAAAAAAAAUAAGAAGCAAAAAAAAAAACGUUUUAUAAACCCAUUCAUCGAGAAAAAAGAACAAAAUGGAGUUCCUAAAAAAUAUGUUUCAAGAACUGCUGAAGAAGAAGGACCAACUGUUGCAAUGUUCAAAGUUAUCCGUAUUGUUAAGCGACCCCUUCACCUUCUUUUUUAUGUGCAUAUUUCUGUUCGUCCUCACGAGCAUAAUGACAUACCUGUACUGCUUUUGCAAGGGCUAUGAAACGAGAAGGAGCCCCAGGAUACACAAAAUGUCCAAAAAGGUCAGGUAAAUUCCACCUUGCGUUACCAAAAUAAUGUUAUGUUGUACAGAAGUGUGAAAAAGCGCAGAGCGAGGUGUGACAGACGGAGUGCAUAUGCAUGUACAUACACGCCCAGAUUAGGAGAAAAAAAUUUGACAGAAUGGAAGGUUGAACGGGAUGUGCACACACGGGGAAAGCUAAGCAUGCCCCCUACAAGGAGGAGAAAAUAUAUCUACAACACAGCACAUUUAAGAGGUACACUUAAAAAGGAAAUGGAGAGCUGGAGCAAAGCCGUUGUGUUAACGAAAUAUCGCAGCCGUAUGUCCACACACGUGGGUGACACAUCCGUCAAAUGCGACGUUCGCGCGUAUACACAUGUUGUAGCCAUUACAUAACGUGGGGGGGAGAAAAAGCUAUUUUUUUUUUUUUUUUUUUUUUUUGGUAACACAUAGAGUGAAAUUCCCCUUUUGCUGCCCACGUGAAAAAAAUAAAAUGACCCCAACACAUUGGGGGGAUGUACAUAACGAUGGAAUGGAAGGCGGCAAAUUUGUUUGUACGUAUAUGUGCGUUCAUUUGGGUGCCCCCCUGCAGGCCCACAUGUAUGCCUUCACGUAUGCCCAUUUGUAUGUCUAUUCAUUUGUUCCCUCAUUUGCGUAUUUACUGCGCCUUCGUUUGAUAUGUCAUUCCCCACAUGGUUUUUCUCUCCCACGUGGUUUUUCUCCCCCGCGUGAUUCAUCACACAUAACAGUUUGAAAUAACUCCCUAAUUAUUUUUUUAAAAAAUAAACUUGAACAGCGUUCGUCGUGACAUAUAUCUGGGCCAAAAAAAGAGGCGACUCCGGGGGAUAUUUCCCUCGGGAAGACACGCAAAAGGGGAUAAAUCGAAUGGGGAAGUUAAAGCGUUUGAGAGAAAACAUAAAGGUACGCAAAAUGGGCGCACAGAAAAACCCAAAGGGAACUUCAAUUUGCGUAAGCGCGACGUCGCACUUCUCCCACCUGCGAAUCGCAGUGCAAGCUUCGCGCAAUUAAAAUGCGUCCAUGCGAAAAAAUAACAUGUGUGGCGCAGCUCGCGAUGAGAGAUAUCUCCACCACAUGGCAAGUACAGUCGAGCGCGCUGCCACACAUUUCGAAUACAGCCGAGAAUUCUUGGCAUCUCCCCAUUUAUCACCUUUAUCGUGAUGUUUCUUAAGUCAAAAAAUUUAGUCCGAUCGUGUGUCCAUGCAGUUUCACCUCAUCAGGUGUUUUUUCUUUUUUCGUUUUUUUUCCCCUAUUUUUUCAUUUUUUUUUUUUUUUUAAACGCUGGCU